UCUCCUCCCAGCUCCGGCGGUUUUGCCACACCCAAGAUGGCCGCUCCCAUUCGCUUUCACCCUUUUCCCUUCCCGGGUUGGUCGCUGUUUCUGCAGCCGCCUGCUUGCCGUCCCUGCCUCGUCGCGCGCUGAUGAGCGCAUCAGCCCUCGCUGCCACGUCUCUUCAGGGCGGCAGAAGGAGCCGCCGCCAACGACGACGACGAGGAGGAGGGAUUCGGGAGGGCCGGGCCGUGCCCCCUGCCCAGCCUGGCGGGCUCCUGGGACCGGGCUGGCGGCUGCGGCGGGACCCCCUCAUGGUGCUGCUAGAGAGGCGAGUUCCUUAGAAACAUAGAAAAGUGACAUUGCUCUUCUGUGCCCAAAUCGGAAAAAAAAAUCAUUGACUUUCCUUAUCACUGGACUUCUGCCAUGAUGCAGCAAGCUUUAGAACUUGGACUGGAUCGUGCUGAGUAUAUCAUUGAAAGUGCACGACAGAGGCCCCCCAAACGAAAACAUUUAUCCAGUGGAAGAAAAGCAGUGUUUCAAAAAUUAUACGAACUGUAUCUAGAAGAAUGUGAUAAAGAGCCUGAAAUAAAGCAGAAGCUGAGGCGAAGUGUGAAUUUGUUGGAGAAGCUGGUUAUGCAAGAGACGUUGUCAUGCCUAGUAGUGAACCUGUAUCCAGGAAGUGAAGGUUACUCGCUGAUGCUCAGAGGGAAGAAUGGGUCAGAUUCAGAAACUAUUCGGCUUCCCUAUGAAGAGGGAGAAUUGCUUGAAUAUUUGGAUGCAGAAGAGCUGCCUCCUAUUUUGGUUGAUCUCCUAGAAAAAUCUCAGAUAAAUAUUUUCCAUUGUGGAUGUGUUAUAACAGAAAUACGUGACUAUAGACAAUCCGGUAAUCUGAAAUCUCCAACGUACCAAAGCAAGCACAUUCUUUUGCGCCCAACAAUGCAGACUUUGAUUUGUGAUGUGCAUUCCAUUACAAGUGACAACCACAAAUGGACACAGGAGGACAAACUCCUACUAGAAAGCCAACUUAUAUUGGCUACAGCAGAACCUCUGUGUCUGGAUCCUUCGAUUGCAGUAACCUGCACAACAAACAGACUUCUCUAUAAUAAGCAGAAAAUGAAUACUCGCCCAAUGAAAAGGUGCUUCAAGAGAUAUUCCAAGUCAUAUCUGAAUCGACAGCAGGAAGUGUCUCACUGUACAACACCACCACAGCUCAGGUUGUUCGAUUAUUUGCAAAAAAGAAAGGAAAAGAAAGGCGCCCAACAGUAUGACCUCAAAAUUUCCAAAGCUGGAAAUUGUGUAGACAUGUGGAAACAGAAUCCUACCUAUCUGACGGCACCAUCUGAAGUGGAUGUGGAAAAAUACGCCAAAGUGGAAAAAUCGAUCAAAUCUGAUGACUCGCAACCAAGCGUCUGGCCAGCUCAUGAAAUAAAAGAUGAUUAUGUCUUUGAAUGUGAAGUUGGCAGUCAUCUUCAGAAAACAAAACUGACAAUUUUUCAGUCAUUGGGAAAUCCAUUAUACUAUGGUAAAAUACAAAUGAUAAAAAGUGACAAAGAUAAUGAAAGCUCAGCAACUCCAUCACAAUUUCUUAUUGGCUCAAAGUCAGAAGCAGAAAGAGUAGUCAACCAGUACCAGGAACUGGUUCAAAAUGAAGCUAAAUGUCCAGUGAAGAUGCUUCAUAACUCUAGUGGAUCUGUCCAUCUUAGUCAACUUUCUCCUGGAAAGGAAAUAGAACAGCCUGAGAGUGUGUCGGGCUAUAUUCAAUCUUCAGUUCUGGGAAAAGGUGUGAAACACCGCCCACCGCCCAUCAAACUACCUUCAAGUUCAGGAAGUAGCUCAUCAGGUAAUAUUUUUAGUCCGCAGCAGUCAAGUGGCCACCUAAAGUCCCCAACUCCUCCACCUCCCAAGCUUCCCACUGUGUCUCGGAAGCAGUCUCUGGAUCUGAAUCAACGGAGCAUGCUUUCUCCUACUGCCAUGUCUCCUGCAGGCUCUUCACAAAGGUCUGGAACUCCUAAACCAUCUACUCCUACUCCAACCAACACCCCUUCAUCGACCCCACACCCUUCUGAUGCUCAGAGCUCAACUCUGAUUACCCAUUCUGCCACUCCUACUCCCCAAGAUUCAGGCUUCGCCCCUCAGCCCACUUUGCUAACCCCAUUUGCUCAGAAGCAAAUGUCUCUGAGCCAGGCCCUGCCUGUAAUGACCAUUCCUCUUUCCACCAUGGUAACAUCCAUUACUACAGGAACCUCCUCCAAUCAGGUCAUGACAAACACUGCAGGACUUAACUUCAUCAAUGUAGUGGGCUCUGUGUGUGGGGCACAGACGUUGAUGAGUGGCUCAGACCCCAUGCUGGGGAGUAGUCCCAGUGCAAUAACCCCUGCAGGCAUAAACUUAAGUGACAUUUUACCAUCAGGCGGUCUGGUGCCAAGUGCUCUGCCUGCUGCCAUACAACCCUCCCCUCAGCCAGCAGGUGGCCCUUUUGGCUUAAAAAAUGCUCCAGGCCUUCGCCCUUUGAAUCUGCUACAGCAGCAGUUGUCCCACUUUUCAUCACAACAGCCUAGUCCUCAACAACAGGGAGACCAGGGUUCUGAUCAAGUCUCCAUAAAUCAAGACCAGGCCUUAUCUGCUCAGCAACCUCCUGUAGUUAACCUGACUGGAGUAGGGAACUUCAUGCAGCCUCAGGGAGCAGCAGUUACAAUUCUUGCACCAUCAAAUGGUUACGGCAGCAGCGCAGCUACAACAGCAUCAUUCAGGCAGCCAGUGAAAAAGUAAAGAGGAGCACUUCAAUAAUGCUCAAACCCUAAAAAUUGCAUUUGAUUUUUUAAUUAUUUUUUUUUUGUGAAAUUGAAUUUUGAGGUUACACUUAAGCAUGUGGACUGCAUUUUGCCACAACAAAUCCUGUAGAACUCAGGAGUUUCUUCCUAACAAAUAAGAUUGUUUUUCUGUAAGGAAACUGUCAUGUUUUAAGAAGCUGCCUGCCCCUUUGGCGGUAUUGUACAUAUUUCAAGUGGAAUGAUAUUUUGAAAUAACAGAACUUCAUAAAUGUAGUCUUUGAUAUAAGGCAUUUGUGCAUUGUAGCAAAUACACUUUUACAAAUUACUCAAGAGAUGCAUUUGUUUAGGUUGCUUUUACACUUUUGAUCACUUUAUCCAUUAGUCUCUUCACUUCUUUGUGCCGUACUGUUGCCCUGCUGAUGCAGUCUUGAAGUUUUGUGCCAGUUAUUGCAUUUCCUCCUUAAAACAGAAAAAGGACAUCAUCAGUUGCCACCCUGGGCUCUUACUGGGAGGAAGAGCAAAGUAUAAAUUUUAAAAUAAUAAUAAGCAGAAAUCGCCUUAAUUUCUAUCACAUUGAUUUUAUAAUAGAGCAGAUCUGAGACCUACGCUCAUGGGUAAGGCUUGUUGCCUAUUUAAAGCUCCAUGGUAAACAUGGCAUGAAGUUAAACAAUACUUAAAAUGGAAACGAAUCUAGAGUUUUAGGGCAGCCGCAGGUGCAAUAAAACCAUUCUGUAUUCAUUGCAGAA